UUAACUCGCCGCCGCGGCCGGAGCAGCUCGCUCGCAGAUGUAUCGAUCGGGUCGGCGGCGACGACGACCACGACCACCACGAUUGCGCGUGUUGGCAGACCGCCGCCGCGGGAGCACAAGGAUGCUCACCUGCGAACGCGAGCGAUGACGGCGAGGCGCUCGCGAAGCUCCGAGCUUGCCGAGCGCAAGACCGUCUGUUGGCCGGACCAGCUCGUCGUCGCCGGGCCCGGCGCGCCUUCGUCCAGGACCUCCAACAAGUCCAACAAGCUAUGCGACUAUAGACUCACCGACGGCGCUCCUGCGCUGCGGGCUUGCCGAUCUCUCGACUGCGCCGGCGCCGCUUUUAUGCGUUCCCGCGACGGCAGCGAUGGGAUCGCAGAGGCGCGCGACGAGCAGCGCGCCGACCGCAAGGCAGUCCUGCCCGCGGCCCAAGAAACGGAUCUGAUAUUCCUCGACGCCUUCAUCGGGGACCCUCUAGUCAGGUCGUUCAUGCAGGUGCAGGAGCGCCCGGAGCAGCCGCCGAAGCACGCGAGCCCCGCGUGCGCGUCCGUCCGGGAGACGCUGCAGCAGGUGACGCGGGCCCUCGAGCCCUCGCGCAGCCCCGAGUCGCGCGAGCUGCUGCUGCUGCUGCGUGGCCGCCAGCUGAGGAGCCUGCUCGAGACGCACGACGCGGUGGUCGCCGCCAGAGUCGCCGACGCCGAGCUCGCGCGCGCCCAGGGCCGAGCCCGCGGGCGGCCGCCCCUCUUCGGGAGCAUGCCGAGCAGCGAGGAGGCGCUCACCGAGGCCGUGAGGAUCGUCGGCCUGCUGAGGCAGCCCGACGAGCCGCUGGGCCUGACGAUACAGGUGGACGAGAACCGCAACCUCAUCAUCGCCCGGAUCCUCGGCGGCAGCACGGCGGCCAAGCAGGGCCUGAUGCGGCCCGGCGAGGUGAUCCUCGAGGUGAACGGCAAGAGCGUGCACAGCCCGGACGAGCUGCAGCAGGCGAUCCAGGAGGCCAAGGAGAACCUCACGCUGAAGCUCGCGCCCGGCCUCGCGUCCGACGACCCCGGCAGCGUCAAGCCCACGAGCUACAUGCGCGCGCUCUUCGACUACGAGCCGGCCGACGACAGCCUGCUGCCCUGCCGCGAGAUCGGCCUGGCCUUCCGGAAGGGCGACAUCCUGCAGAUCGUCGACCAGGCGGACCCCAACUGGUGGCAGGCCCGCCGCGUGGAGGGCAACAGCCUGGGCGCCCUGGGCCUCGUCCCGUCGCUCGAGCUGGAGGAGCGCCGGAAGGCCUUCGUCCCGCCGGAGGCGGACUUCGUGCACAAGAUCAGCAUCUGCGGCACGCGCAUCUCCAAGAAGAAGAAGCGCAGGAUGUACCAGUCCAAGUCGAACGGCGAGUUCGACAACGCCGAGCUGCUGCUCUACGAGGAGGUGGCCAGGAUGCCGCCGUUCAGGCGCAAGACCCUCGCGCUCGUCGGGCCCAGGGGCGUCGGCAGGCGCACCCUCAAGAACCGGCUGAUCAACAGCGAUCCCGACAAGUUCGGCACGAUCGUGCCUUUCACGUCGCGGCCGCCCCGGGUGCUGGAGGAGAACGGCAAGAGCUACUGGUUCACGGACCGCGAGGCCAUGGAGCGCGACAUUCGCGAGCACCGCUACCUCGAGUACGGCGAGCACGGGGGCAACCUGUACGGCACCAAGCUCGACUCGGUGCGCGAGCUCAUCCGAGCCGGCAAGAUGUGCGUGCUCGACUGCAGUCCCGCCGCGCUCAAGAUCCUCCACAACAGCACCGAGUUCAUGCCCUACGUCAUCUUCAUCGCCGCCCCGGGCAUGGAGCAGCUCAAGUCGCUCUACGACUUGGGCAGGUCCACCGGGGCCAGCAGCCGAAAUCUCACGUUUGAUCGCCAGAGUUCCAUCAGGUACAGCUCGAGACGCGCUAGAACCCUGGAGUCCUUGGCGUCCUUGUACGAGGAGGACGACUUGAAAUCAACCUUGGAAGAAUCGGCAGCCCUGCAGCGAGCUUACGAGAAGUACAUCGACUUGGUGAUCGUAAACGAGGACUUUGACCAAACUUUCCGCCAGGUUGUAGCUGCUCUCGACGCCUUGGCGAGCGAGGACCAAUGGGUCCCUGUCAACUGGAUCUACUAAUUCAGCUUAUUUUAUACCGAUUCCUGUAUAUAACGGGCAGAGGCAGGCAUUCCGCUUUCGUCGAUA